GAACUUUUGCAACUUAAAAAAGAAAAGCGCUUCUGUUCCUCUGUUUCAUACAUACAUACAUACAUACAUACAUACAUGUAUGUAUAUGUGUGUGUAUAUAGAGCAUCGACUUGAAAAACCACUACCAAAUUGCUAGACCCAGAUUUGUUUUUGUCCCUAUCAAACCAUAUUCAAUUGUACUCACCAAAUAUUUGGUUGGUUUUUUUAUUCUAAACACCAAAAAUAGCAUGCAUGGCAGAGAAGCUCCAUGCUGUAUUCAACCUCACCUAUAGGAAACUAAACCAAAUCCAUGCACAACUCAUCAAGAAUCCAAAACCCCACAUCUUAAACCCCUUGCUCGGAUCACUUUCAAACUCUCCAACUCCACAAAAUGCGCUUCUUCUCUACAACCAAAUGCUUCUCCACCCAACAUCCCAUAACCAUUACACUUUCACUCAUGCUCUCAAGGCAUGUUUCUCACUGCCUGCACACCAAAAAGGCCUAGAAAUCCAUGCCCAUGUACUGAAGUGUGGUCAUUAUUCUGACAUCUUUAUCCAAAACUCCUUGCUUCAUUUUUAUGUGAUUGUAAACGAUGUUGUCUCUGCUUGUCAAGUCUUCGAUUCGAUAUCAUACCCGGAUGUCGUUUCCUGGACUUCAAUCAUUUCUGGGCUUUCUAAGUGUGGGUUUGAGGAGGAAGCCAUUGUUAAGUUCUCGUCCAUGGAUGUAGAACCUAAUUCCACCACCCUUGUUAGUGUUAUCUCUGCUUGUUCCAGUCUAGGAGCUUUCAAGCUGGGUAAAGCUAUUCAUGGUUUUAGUAUGAGAAAAUUGUGUCAAACUAACAUUGUAUUAGACAAUGCAAUGCUGGAUUUUUAUGUGAGAUGUGGGUCUUUGGUGAAUGCAAGGUACAUAUUCGAGAAUAUGCCUAAGAGAGAUGUGGUUUCUUGGACUACCAUUGUGGGGGGUUAUGCACAUAGAGGGUUUUGUGAAGAGGCAGUGAGGCUUUUCAAUGAAAUGAUCCGUGGAGGGGAAGCUGAACCUAAUGAAGCAACCAUUGUCAAUGUAUUGUCUGCAUGUUCUUCCACUGGUGCUUUGAGUUUAGGCCAAUGGGUGCACUCCUACAUUGCUACACGCAAUGAUCUUACAACAAAUGAUAAUGUGGGCAAUGCUUUGAUCAACAUGUACGUCAAAGGUGGCAAUAUACGUAUGGCCAUCCAGGUUUUCAGCACCUUGGAGAGCAAGGAUAUUAUUUCAUGGAGUACCAUUAUAAGUGGCAUGGCAAUGAAUGGGCAUGGCAUGCAUGCAUUGCAGCUCUUUUCACUCAUGCUGGUUCAUGGUGUUCCUCCUGAUGAUGUAACCUUCAUUGGCUUGUUAUCGGCAUGCAGCCAUGCCGGGAUGGUUGAAAGAGGGUUGAUGAUCUUUAACGCCAUGAAAGAUGUUUACCAGAUUGUGCCUGAAAUGCAGCACUAUGCAUGUGUCGUUGACAUGCAUGGUAGAGCAGGGCUCUUGGACGAGGCAGAGGCUUUCAUUAGAGAAAUGCCAAUGGAAGCAGAAGGGCCAAUUUGGGGAGCUCUGCUCAAUGCUUGCAAAAUUCAUGGGAACGAGAAGAUGUUUGAGAGAAUCAAGCAUUGUCUUCUUAAGAGUAAAGGAGUAGGGACUGGAACUUUGGCUCUGUUGUCCAACACUUAUGCUAGUUCUGAUAGAUGGGAUGAUGCUAAUAAGGUUCGUGAUGAAAUGAGAUGGAUGGGACUGAAGAAAAUGGCUGGAUGUAGUUGGAUUGAGACCGAUCCACCUAGCAAUAUGACAUAGCAUUCUUUUAAACGUUUAGCAUAUCCUGGACGGUAACAUACAUUCUUUUAAACGUUUAGCAUAUCCUGGACGGUAACAUACUGCUUUGCUUGUUAGUUUUCGCAACUGGAAACAGGAUUAUUUAAAGACAUUUACAUGUAGUUCCCAAGUAAAAAGAUUUGGAAAGAAUUUGCUUCCCUGAUUGAGUUAUCAAUACAUAAAGUUCAGUUGCAACUGCAAGAUGGUUUUGGCAUUUUGUAAAAAACCACAGUUUUAUAUCUCUUAACAAGAAAGGGAUAAAGGAUUGAUCUGAGCUAAAAGACAAGAAAUGGUAUGUGAUGGCAAAUGAAGAUGCAUAGUGCUAUUACUAAAUGGAAAAGAAUUUGCAUCUGACAGCAAAUGAUACAUGUACUCUCAGUGCUAUUUGAUAGAAAUUGGUACUGCUGUAUUUAGUAAUUAUCUCCUGGAAAACCCAGUUUGAUGCUGUUCUUAUUGGUUAGGUUAUGAUCUCUAUGGUUAUAUAGAUGGUACCACACCUUGUCCUUCAUCAAUCAUAGCUAUUGCAUGUGAUGAUUCUCUCAAUCCUAAUUACCAUUUAUUGGGUUCGGUGAAAUAAGCUGAUUCUAAGUGCUAUUCUAGCUUCUCUUUCCAAAGAUGUUGGACAUCUUGUAGCCGCUGCUAAAACUUCCAGUGCAGCAUGGACCAACUUCAGGUUCCAGACUUCAUCUACUGGAAUGUCUCGUACAGUCUCAAGGGAAUCGUAGUCACUGAAUAUCUAUCUCAUGUUAAGAGUGCUGUAGACAAGUAUCCUCUCUUCGGUAAACCUACUGAUGAGGAUAAGAUCACACUAUAUCAUCAAUGGUUUAUUCUCUGAAUUCAAGGAUAUUUCCGCUGCUGCGAGAACUCAUGAAACCUCCAUCUUCCUUCGCAACCUGUAUGAAAAACUCACCAAACGUGCAGCCAACCUAGCAAAUUGUUCUUCCUCAUCUCAGUCGGGAUCUCAGACAGGGACUUCUUCUCAGAAAAGGGUUCUCUAAUAAUUACAUUGGUAAGUGUCGGUUGUGUGCCCGACAAGGACACUCUGCAAGUUUUUGUCCACCUUAACAACAGUUGAUGCAGACACCUCCACCACAUCAACAUCAACAGAAAAAUUUUCCAUUGACGUAAAACCUGCAGAGCCUGAAUUUUUCAUAAUUCAAUGUCCAAGCCAAAUUUUCCAGUUCUAAUAUAAACCUCAAAGUUUUAUAUAUUUAUUUACAUAUCUAUUUCUAUGUUUUGUU